AGUGACACUCUGCUCUGUGAUACCUGCUCUGAGUCAGAGGAUCAUGAGGAUCACCCACAUUGGCCCAUUGCAGUGGCUUCUCAGCACCCCAGCGAGAAGAUCCACCGUGAUGAGGAAAUCUUGUAUGGAAUGGAGAACCAAUCCAGGAGCUUCUACUAAAAGAAGAGGAAGAACCCCUCAUGGACUGUGCAUAUGGAUUGAUUCUAAAAAUACAAGUGAGAGAAUUUUUCAGAAGCAACUCAAUCUAAUAGGGCAACUUAAUCUGGCAAGGCAGAAGAAAGGGAAAGGGGGAAAAUUCAUUUGGCAAAAGGAGAGCAAGCACCUCUGGAAGCACUACCCAAAGCUGAGGAAGAUGGGGGCUGUACAGGAACACCAGAUCGUGGAGGAAAAGAAGGAGUGGGAGCUCAUGAUGACCAUCCAGAGCAGAUUCCUAACAGCCAUCAUCACUGAGCUGCAGGAAAAGAUGCAGAAGCCAGAGGGACAAUGGCUAAGGCAUGUGGCAGAGACAUUGCAAAGUAGCGUUGUCUGGCCUAAUGUGGAACCUCUCCUAGUCAAUCUGGAUGAUUCUUAUCUUAAAUUUGGGAUGGCGUUUGUAAACUCUUCCAAAGAUAUAAGCUAUGCAAAACAGGAAAUGGGAAAUUCUCCAAAGAUACAUGCUCAGUGGGAGGCAGAAUUGAAGUGGAAACUGAAUUUUGCAUGUGAAAAGAACUAA